AUGGGUGGUAAGUCCGACCUGCAGACCACACGUCGUGGCCUUCACCUUGCUCAAGAUUGCCCCACCUCCCUACUCCAUAGCCGUCGCUUCUUGCCUCUCCUCCAUCACCUCCGGUGAGCGCUCUUGUAACUGAACAGAAUUCGUGGGGUACGCAUAGCUGACCAUCUUUUUCACUGGACACUGCGCAUGGUCAUCCACAGCUAUCGCGGGAGCCCUUACCGCCAUCUUUAGCGGCAUCGUAAGUCGUGGAGCGUGUCCCAGCAGGUCGACGUGCUGCGUGCUGAUCUGCAGCACGAACCCUUUCUUCAGGCUCGAAUCCUGAACAGCAUCGUCAGUGCGAUCGCCACGGCCUUCAUUGCAGUGUUCAACUGCAUCGGAGAUGUGAGUCUACGUGCUGUGCCCUCGUGACCUUGCUUGCCCCUGCUGACGCUGUAUCCACGCUUCGCUACAAUCAAGGUGCUCUGCUGCCGCUGCGGUGGUGGUCGCAGAAGGACUCGCAAAGUGUGA